CCAAUCCCCCGCCGCUGCCCUUCUCCCCCACCGACUCACGCUCAUCUCUUUUCUCUUCUCUUCUCCUCUGCUCAUCCCAAUCCACCACCAUCCAACCACACCUCUACACAUCCUCCCCUUCAGUUGCCAAAUUGUAAAUGUGGCCUAAAUAGAGAGGGGUGGGUGGGCGUCAGGAAGCCAGCCCAAACAAAAUCCCAGCGAUGCAUUCUGUUCUAUUUCGUCCCGAUCCCAAUCUCUCUCUCUCUCUCUCUCUGCGACACUACUACGCACUACCAGCCCAAAACGUUUCGUCUUUAUUGCCUCAAUUUCCUUCUCUUUCACGCCACAACGCCGCUUCCCCCGCUCCCCCUUUAUAAAGCCCUCCCUCUCUCUCACGUACCCAUCAUCUCCAUCUCCAUCUCCAUCUCCUCUUCCUUUUCUCAAUUUCUCCUUUUCUUUUUAUUCUUCUUCUUUUAGUGUUUUGAUGGGUGAUUCGAAGGAAGACGGCUUUCCGGCGAGUUAUGGCCUCACUCGCCUGCGCUUGCCCCCGGGCUUUCGGUUCUGCCCCACGGACGAGGAGCUCCUCCUUCACUAUCUCAAGCCCAAGGUGCUCUCCACCCCCCUUCCGGCCGCCGUCAUCCCGGACUUCGACGUCCACAAAGCCGACCCCUGGGACUUGCCUGGCAAUUCCACCGGGGAGGAGAGGUACUUCUUCAGCCAGACGGAGGCCAAGUACCCAACUGGGAACCGGUCCAACAGGGCCACCGGUUCUGGGUACUGGAAGGCCACUGGAACCGACAAGCAAAUUGUGGGUUCCAAGAACAAGGGGGUUGUGGGGAUGAAGAAAACUCUGGUUUUCUACCGGGGCAAGCCCCCGACUGGCACCAAGACCGAUUGGGUCAUGCAUGAAUACCGCCUCGGCCCGGCCGGACCAAAGGCCAUCGCCACUCUCGCCCUCUCGCUGAACAGCUCUAAACCUGUGGAGAACUGGGUCAUCUGCCGCAUCUUCCUGAAGAAAAGGGCCUUGAACAGAAACGAGGAGGAGAUCAGGAAAUACAAGAAUUUCGGCCCGUUCAAGCCUGUUUUCUAUGAGCUGUUGGCCAACGGGAGGACUGAUCUCAAACUUGGCCUGCCGGCGGCUGCGUCGGUGCCUGCGGAGGCCUCGUCCUCCGGUUCCAGUGGCGUCACCCACAUUUCUGCUCAUGACGAACCAAAUGACCAUGAAGAAGGCACCUCUAGCAAGAGUUUCCCUUAAAACCAGUUUUCAUGUCUCUCCAAGAAUCAAGAAAAAUCCGCCCAACUCAUGUUAAUAGUAGUGCGUUGUAAUCUAGUUGCAGAGUUUUAAAGAACAGUCAUGGUUUCCUUUUGUUCUGUCCGUCUAAACUUGCAAUUUAAUGGCAAAGUUGUUUCCUUUUU